AUCCACAUUCCAGAGUGAUCCUGAGGACCAAGAGCUCCUUCGACCCUCUCAGCAGCUACAUCAACGCCAACUACAUUAGGGGUUACCUAGGCGAUGAGAAGCCUACAUCGCCACCCAGGGUCCAUGAUCACACAGUGAAUGAUUUCUGGCAGAUGGCCUGGCAGGAAGACUGUCCUGUCAUCAUCAUGAUCACCAAGCUCAGGGAGAAGAACGAGAAAUGUGUUCUGUACUGGCCAGGGCGUGGUAUCUACGGCAAGGUGGAGGUGCUCAUUAACAACGUGACCGAGUGUGACAACUACACCUGUCGUUCCCUCACCCUGAAGCAAGGGGCCCAGAGUCGUGUGGUGAAGCACUACUGGUACACAUCAUGGCCGGACCAUAAGACCCCAGACAGCGCCCAGCCCCUGCUCCAGCUGAUGAGAGACGUGGAGAAGGAACAGGACAGCUCCCCGUCGCAGGGCCCGUCAUCGUACACUGCAGCGCGGGGAUGGGCCGAACGGGCUGCUUCAUCGCAACGACGAUAGGCUGUCGUAGUUGGAGCUGGAGGGAGUGGUGGUAUGU